UCCAUUGCUAUAAAUUAAGCUCCUUUUCACAAUCAAACAUACUGUUCCUUUCCUCCUUUACCUUUCUUUCAUUUUCUCACAGAUAUCAUGGCAAGUUCAAGUCCUGCAGUCAACAGAAGAUUGGAAGGAAAAGUGGCUUUGAUAACCGGAGGAGCUAGUGGAAUUGGAAAACGCACCGCUGAAAUAUUCGCCGAACAAGGAGCGAAAGUAGUGAUUGCAGACAUCCAAGAUGAAGUUGGACAUUCGGUUGUUGAAUCCAUAGGAGCAUCAACAUGUUUCUAUGUACACUGCGAUGUUACCGACGAGAACCAAGUAAAAAACGCCGUGGAUAAAACCGUAGAAACAUACGGAAAACUCGACAUCAUGUUCAACAAUGCUGGCAUAGGUGGCCCCAACAACGCUAGAAUAAUCGACAAUGAUAAAGCAGAUUUCGAACGUGUUUUAAGUGUGAAUGUUACAGGUGUUUUUGUGGGGAUCAAGCACGCAGCACAAGCCAUGAUUCCAGCUCGCACAGGUAGCAUCAUAAGUACUUCUAGUGUAAGCUCUUAUGUUGGUGGUGCCGCCUCACAUGCUUAUACUUGCGCUAAGCAUGCUGUUGUUGGUUUAACAAAAAAUGCGGCAGUUGAACUUGGACAAUUUGGGAUUAGGGUUAAUUGUUUGUCUCCUUACGGUUGUGCAACUCCUUUGGCUACACAAUUUAUUGGAUGUGAUGAUCAUGUCUUUGAAAAUGUCAUGAGCGGCUUUGCUAAUCUUAAGGGUGUCACAUUUAAAACUGAUGAUGUGGCAAAUGCAGCACUUUUUUUUGCUAGUGAUGAUUCAAAGUAUAUCAGUGGCCAUAAUUUGCUCAUUGAUGGAGGCUUUAGCAUUGUUAAUCCAUCCUUUAACAUGUUUCAGUAUUCAGAGUCUUGAUUUUUCUUUUCUAUUAUUAAGCAAAAACAAAUAAUUAUCAACAAGCUAGCAUAAGGGAUGGUCAUCUUGGCUUUCAUUGUAAUGUUGCUACAAAUGCUUUGCCUUUGGCUUUUGUAACUUAUGUUUGAGUUCCUUUGGGCCUUUUAUGAACAUGUUUCAAUUGUUGAUUUAUCAAUUAAAUGGCUUAAUACAAAAUUUAGUUUCACAAAA